ACGCUCUGCGCGGGAGCGGAAAACGUGCGUCCGAGUGUGCGGAAAAGGAGCCGUGUGUUUUCAUGCUCUAAUAAUCACAUUUUAAACAAUUUGUCGAAAAGACUGGUGACUCCACGCUUUCAAGUGGUCAACUUGUCAUUACGUCCAACAUGGCUCGAGAUUGGAAACCAGGUGAUCUUAUUUUUGCCAAGAUGAAAGGUUAUCCUCACUGGCCUGCAAGAAUUGAUGAAGUACCAGAUGGAGCUGUGAAGCCCUCCAACAUCAAGUUCCCUAUUUUCUUCUUUGGCACUCAUGAAACUGCAUUUCUUGGGCCAAAAGAUAUCUUUCCAUACCAACUCAACAAGGAGAAGUAUGCAAAACCCAACAAGCGGAAAGGCUUCAAUGAAGGACUGUGGGAAAUUGAGAACAAUCCAAAGGUUGAGCUAACUGCACCGAAGCCGGUGCCCCCUGGGACUUUCACUGAGAAGGAUUCAGACAGCAGUCCAGAAGCUGAAGAGGAUGCAGGUGAAAAAGGGGUCAAAUCCAAAGUUCCAGGAAGUGAGGCUGAGCAGGAGAAUGAGAAUGUGGAGGAGGAAGAGGAGGAAAGGUCUCUGAUCUCUGAGCAGGGUCCUCAGGACCAGGAUGGCUCUGCUCAGAAAGAGUCGACAGACGUUCCUAAACCCAAGAGAGGCAGAAAGAAAAAGAUCGAGACAGACCAAGAAAAUGAAAAAGACGAGGCACCGACGAGUCCUGCGAGUCCCCCAGGUGGAGAUGGAGUAAAACGAAGAGGCAGGAAGCCCAAGAGUGAGAAGUUGCUUUUGCUUCAGCAACAAGACCACCAGGGCUCAGGAAGUGAAAUGGAUGCUAGUGAGUCUGACAAAAAGAGAAAGAGGACAUUAGAAGAUAAAAACCAAAACGGAGAGGAGGAAAAAGGAAAGAAAAGAGACGACAGUAAAGGCAGGGAUGCAGAGGUCAAGGAGCCUGAAGCCAAGAAGAAGAAGCAGAGCAAGGACGACGGCUCCUCUGGCUCCGACGACGAUGAGAAAAGCAAAGGCAGAAAGAAGCUACAGAGCUCAGAAAUGGACAAAGAUCCACGCCGGCGGAAAGUAGAUGAAUUAAAAGAACCAAACAAAGACGAUGUGAAGAAAAAUGAAGUUGGGGCCAAGAAAAAGGAAAUGUCGACCGACUUGCAACUUCAGAGACUUCACAGCGAAAUCAAAAUUUCACUUAAAAUCGACAACCCUGAUGUCAAGAAGUGCAUGGAUGCUUUAGACGAGAUAAGUGCUCUUCAAGUCACAACUCAACACCUGCAGAAACACAGCGAACUUAUUGCGACCCUCAAGAAGAUCCGCAGAUUCAAGGCCAGCCAGGAUGUCAUGGACAAGGCCACCAUGUUGUACAACAAGUUUAAGAGCAUGUUUCUGGUUGGAGAAGGGGAUUGUGUGCUCAGCCAGGUGCUCAACAAGUCUUUAGCUGAACAGCGACAACACGAGGAAGCAAAGAAAGGAGCACUAAAGAGAGUUGAACAAGUCAAAGAAAAUGUGACAGACAAGGUGACUAAUGGUGAAAUGAACCCUGAAGAAAAGAUGCAGGAGAUGGAGAGGGAGAAGAUUCGUGAAGACUCCUCAACGGGGGAAAAUAACAGUGUUCCAAAAGCUCCGGAGGAGUGCACUUGAAUGUCCUACAUGCCUCAACAGAUUUGCUGCUGUACUGAUGCAACCUUUGUAAAACUGGCUUCCAGUUCACUGACCGUUUUCGUCAAUGUUGCUGCUCAAAAGGUUUGGAGCAUCCAACCCUGCCCCGUAAUGACUGACAGCGUUUUUAUUUUUGUACUUGUAUGUAAGCUUACUUUCUUGUAUGUAAGCUUACUUUCAGGCACCUUGUAGUUUAUCCGCAUUGUAACGUGUUUAGCUGGUGGCUCAUAACAACUAGCAAAUGUGCAACACUCAACAUGAUGUUAAUGAGCAUGCUCACAGGGUUACCGUCACACACACACGUCCCAACUGAAGUAAAUACUUUUAAAAUGUCUUAUUUCUCUUCCAGUUAGGUAGAUUUUAAGUCGCUGGUUCUAGUUUGGCUUUGAAUAUAAGGAAUUAUGAAUAUGUCACCAUUUGGGGUAUGAACACUGUAAUUGAUGUUUCAUGCUCACUUCAGUUGCACAACAAAAGUUUGCCAAAGUCUCUUUAGAUAAGAAGUUGCUUUAUUUUCAACCGUGUUGACAUGUGUUUUUCUGUUUCAUUUUAACGUAGAUGUAAAUAAGAGUAUUUUUGUGCCUGUCUGACCUGUACCAGCAUCUAAUAAUAAAGUGGUAGCUGAAGUACA